GGGACGAAAAAUAGAACGAAAAGGUGUCCCGUCUUCGCCCACCCUACUAUAUUACUAGCCCCCUAUUUGCACUGUAUAGACUUUUAGUAGCCUAAUUUUAAUUAUUUGGGGUUGUUCCUUCAAGCAAAAGCUAUGUAUAAGUUUGUUGAAGGACAACCUUUGAUCGUUACUGAAAAGAUGAAAGAAGAUUUUUGGAGAGACGGUUACAUCAUAGUUAAGCAGCUACUCACCAAGGGCGAAAUACAGAAGGUUGUUGGGAGUUUAGAAGCCCCCGACUCUGCUGUGAUGGCUGAAUCAUAUGAACAAGACGACGGAUUUGGCAGAAAUGUUCGCAUGGUUCUGUGGAACCAUCCUGGUAAUGACGUCACCGGGAUGGUUAAUCGAUGCGAGAAAAUGGUGAAUACUUGUGAAAAGUUAUUGGGCGAUGAUGUUUAUCAUUACCAUAGUAAGUUCGUGAUGAAGGAGCCGCAUACGGGUGGAGCGUUUCAAUGGCACCAGGAUUAUGGCUACUGGUAUUUAAACGGGGUUCUCUUUCCCGACAUGAUAUCAGUGCAAAUAGGCGUUGAUCGCAUGGACAAAGAGAACGGAUGUUUGCAGGUGUUACGUGGAUCGCAUAGGAUGGGAAGGGUGGAACAUGGUAGGAUUGGACAACAGGCAGGCGCAGAUUUGGAAAGAGUUGCAGAGGCGGAAAAAGUCCUGGAUAAAGUUUCAGUCGAACUUGAUCAAGGCGACGCUUUAUUCUUCCAUUGUAACUUAUUACAUACAAGCAGCGCUAACAACAGCAGUCGUAGACGAUGGGCUAUGAUAUGUUGUUAUAACAGUGUUAACAACGACCCAGUAAAGAAACAUCACCAUGCGUCGUACACCCCACUACACAAGGUCUCCAACUCUGCUAUAAUGGAUUGCAAAAAUCUAAACGAUUUAUCGGGAAAGUGGUUUGUUAACCCAAACAAAACUGGCAGAGAAUAUCUGCCGACAGAACCCAGAAAGCAGUGAAUACACCUGCUGUGCUGAUUAAUAUAGUACGUUGUGGUAAGAUGGUACAAGUGUUCAUUUACUUUUUUAUCUUAUUUGACAGCAAACAAAAAUAUUAGUUUCAAUUAUUAACCUCAUCCUCACAACUCCAAAAAAGCGUUGCUAAUUGUUCAAAACACUAUUAGGAAAUAUUAAUAAGGCGUUUCGGCGCUAACGACAUCUUAUCUUACCCGGAAGUUAUAUUCACUGAAUAACUGUAGCAAGUUAAUGACUUUAACAUCGCUUUAUUUCUGGUGAUUUGUGUUUAUUUCAAUUAUAAUGAAUAAAAUUGUUUGAUCACU